AUGACAACAGAAAGUGAUAGUCGGUUAUGUGAGCUUAUAGACAACUUUUUUCUGAAGGCAGCUACUGUAAUUUGUCACUCGAGAACAAGCGGAGAGAAUUUCGAAGUUGGUGAGCAGGAAGAGACCAAUAAAUGGUUUAAUAUUGAGACGCGGGACGACGCCACCAUUGAGGAAGAAAUAAAGGAUUGGGUAUCAUUCGAUGGGCAGAAACAACUACAACCGCUGGUAAUUGAAGUUUUUCUCGAUUUGCGAGAUUUGGGUCCAUCGCAUUCCGUCAUACUGAGAGACCAAGACGAUAACCCAUGGAAUGUUUGCAAAGGAACGAAAAAGUCGGAGAUCAUGCUUGAGCGCUGGUUGAUACAGCUGGAAAAGAACCCGAAAGCGCCUACGGAGGAGACAGAUAUCAGUGAAAUCUAUCGACAGCUGGUCCUUCUCUUCCGGUAUCUUUACACUUUGGUGAGUCUUUUACCUGCAAAUGAUUUGAACAGUCGCUUAUCGAAGCCCGCUACCUCUCAACAAAGUUUCGUAUCGGUCAAUGUUAAGACUCGUAUCUUGGAUGGGUCAGAGCCCAUUGUUUCUAAGGGAAGAGUGGGCCUGAGCAAAGGAAUCAUCGCCACCUAUACGAACAUGAGUAACGAAACUAACAUCCCUCCACAUCUCGAGCAAAGGAAAAUAACACCAAUUAGCACGGUGUAUGGAUCUUUGCGAAUUUCCGUUUCAUACCGACGUGACUGCAACUUCAUUGUUGUGGGCGGAGACGACUCCUCUCAGGGCCCAUACACCGGUAGCGUGGAAGGGAGAUUAUCGCGCUCGAUUGUUUCUAGUAAUAACAUUCCUAUGAGAAAACUUUCCAUGAACAGAAAUCGCUCGAUGUCCAUCUCGCCAAAUACAACGCUGAGUCCAAAUCUUUACAUUGAUCCAUCACCCCAGAGACGAUUGUCGGCAUCUUCGCGACAGUUCCAACCCUUCAAAGUUGGGUCAGUUGGCAGCUCCUCCACUUAUAAUGUACCACAAGGGCAAGGAAGUUUAACGAGAAAUCCGUCUGGGAGCUCAAUCGUGGCUGCUCUGAGGGGUCAAAAAUCCAGUACUGGGUAUAAUAACAUUUACGGUAAUGUUUUUCAUGACUCUCAAUUGGAAGCGUCUAGUAUAGGAAGUGGUAGCGCAUCAAAAUACUCCUCUUCCUUUGGGCGCAUUCGCAGACAGUCCAGCGUGCGGAGAUCAGAUAGCACGGAACGUCCUCAGAGACCGGUUAAGUCCAAUGAAUCUUUGUCUGGGGAUUUGAUAGAUUUUAUGAAACUAUUAGAAGAUAAAAAGGAACUUAAGUUGAGAAAUUCUCAAGUAUCGAGCGUGGACAUCUCAAAUUCAUUGAUUAAAUUUCAGUCAAUGAAAGGUACGAAUGACACGCUCAGCGACGACUUAUCAAUGAGUCUUUCAAUUGAGCAGUCCUCUAAUCAGAAGCGGCGGUCUAGCUCGCACUCCCCCCACUUGUCCUUUUCACCGCCUAUGCACUACUCUUCCAUUCCCAUGCGCCUCUCAAGAAGCAGAUCUAUCUCUGCCAGGGGUGAUGGCGCUAGUGAUAUGACCAGCGGAAAGUCCAUUCAUUCCGCCGGUAGCGGCACCCGUGAUCGGCAGGGAUCAUUAGUAGGACGGAUUGUUGAAGAUGAUGACCUUGAGGAGGAAGAGCUUCUUGCAAGCAACGCUAGAAUUCUCGGCGACUCCAAGGGAGUACGUUCAACGUCACCUGGUUCGGUCCGGAGUAUUUCUAGUUCCUUCUCUCGAAGCCAAUUGCCCUUCAAGUCGAUAGUGAAUUUUUCGAAUCCAACUACAAUGGCUACACCAGCCCACGCCAAACUCCAUAAGGCCGUGGUUGGAAAUUCCUCUCAAGAAGGUGAGGAUAAUACAAAGAAGGCAGAUUUGGGUCAUGGAGAUGAUGAUGAUGACUUACUUUUUUUCAUGAGUGAUAUGAAUCUCUCGAAGUGA